UCUAACUGGUUAGAUUCCGGACAACAAGAAUUACCGUUAAAAAUAAGGGUACUCGAUCAAACAAUUCGUCUGCGCAAACAUUGUUGUCGUCCAGAUAUACAGAGAUCGAUCCCAUGGCUAACACCAAGCCUCACGCAGUCUGCUUUCCGUUGCCAAUCCAAGGCCACAUCAAUGGCAUGCUCCACUUCUCCAAGGCCCUCCACUUCAUGGGCUUCCACAUCACCUUCGUCAACUCCGAAUUCAACCACCGCCGCGUCCUGCGGAACGCCGGCCUUGCCUCCCUCGCUGGCCUCCCCGACUUCCGAUUUGCCACCAUCCCCGAUGGCCUCUCGUCGCCCAAGGACGACACCGACAAGAGCCAAGACCUCGCCGCCCUCUGCGUCUCCACCAAGCGCCAUUGCGCCUCUCCUCUCCGCGACCUCAUAAAGGCCCUCAACGACCCCUGCUCCGGAGGGCCACCCGUCAGCUGCGUGAUCUCGGACUUCUUCACCAGCUUCACCCUCGCCGUCACCGCUGAAUUGUCCAUCCCGAGCAUCUUCUUCUGCUCGGCGAGCGCCACUGGCUUCUUGAGCGCCGUCUACUUGGAGGAGUUGAAGCAGAGGAGCAUCAUCCCUUUAAAAGUUGGAGUGAGCUUGUGGAAGGAGGACUCGAGUUGCAUCGAGUGGCUGGACGAGAAGGAUCGGGGCUCCGUGCUUUAUGUCAACUAUGGUAGCAUCGCCGUGCUGACGAAUGACCAGUUUAUUGAGUUCGCUUGGGGUUUGGCCAACAGCGGGUGUGAGUUCCUGUGGGUGAUUCGACCUGAUCUUGUGGAAGGCGAGAACGCACUGCUGCCGCCAGAGUUCGCGACUGAGAUUAAGCCAAGGAGCUUCAUCACGAACUGGUGCACCCAAAAGGAGGUGCUCUCUCAUCCAGCCAUUGGUGGCUUCUUGACUCACUGCGGAUGGAAUUCUACAAUGGAAAGCAUGUGCGCGGGGGUCCCCAUGAUAUGCUGGCCUUUCUUCGCAGACCAACAGACAAAUUGCAGAUUCUUAUGCUCGGAGUGGGGCAUCGGGAUCGAGAUUGGAGAGGAUGUGAAGAGAGAGAAGGUGGAGAGGUUGAUCGAGGAAUUGAUGGGAGGACAGAAGGGGAAGGAGAUGAAGAGAAAGGCAUUGGAAUGGAAGGCAAGAGCGGUGAAGGCAGCUUCAAUUGGUGGAGUCUCUUGGAUUAAUUUAGAUAGAGUUAUUAAGGAGGUAAUAAUGAAGUAAAUUAAAUAAACAACCUUACGAUCCAAAGA